AUGCUUAUAGAAAGUUGUGGAUGCAGAGAUUUGAUUCUGAUCUCUAAAGAACCUAAGCAGCAUGAAACAAUGCAGAUCAAAAUGGAGGGCUUCCGGAGGCGUCUCCUCACUAUCAUAAUCGCUGUCAUAAUAGCAGGUUUUGUGUUAGUCUGUUUUUGUUUCAUUCAUUAUAACUGUAUGACCGAAGAGCAUCCCAAAAGAGAAAGGAGAGAAAGGGUCAAGAAGUAUGCAAGAUCUCCAUCACACAGGUCAUCCAACACCUCAUUAACUGAAAACCUGAUACCCAGUCCAAACUGUGAGAGGAACAAGUAUAGCGAUGACAAGUUAUCUCAGGUCUCAAGCCAGAAUAAGGCAUUUGCCUCAUCCAAUGUAGAGAUGAAGAUCAAGAUCCUGAAAUCAGAAAAGGCUAGAGCAAAACUUUUAGGUGAGCCAUCAAAACAAGAAAUUCCCUGCAAGAUAUCAAGACUGAAAAAAGGAGUUAGGCCAUCCAAUUCUCGAAGGAAAUCCAAGGGAUACCAUAAAGGGAAGUCCCCCCGUUCACAUAAGAUAGUCAGUAAAGUACAUUCAUCCUAUCGAAGUAGGGUAGUCAAGACACCUUUGCCGGUCACUCUAGAAACUAGACACAUGCGGCACAUGUCAUCCAGUUCUCUCCACGCACACAAUCAGUUUGUUUCAGCUACCAUCCAGAAACUGCUAAGGUCCUCUCAUCGACGAAGGUUAAGCUGCACAGACAAGACACACGACUUCCUUAUGCGCCCAUUAGCCAAAUCUUGUCACUGCCACAAGGACAUAUGCCUGAUUUGCAAGAUUUCUGAGCUUGUGGUAAACAGUGUUUUUGAGACCAAGUGUAGACACAGAUCUUGUCCAAAGAAAAGAUAUUUUUCCAGAUCCUUUCGAGGGGUAGAAUCCCAGGAAUAUGUGGUCCAUGACAAUCUGAACAAAACUGAUGAGAUGACAGUGGCCACUGACGAUAAUGAUGAUGACAGUGACAAGGAGAUAAUCAUAUUUUGCAAGGUAGACUAUAGUGAUGACGCCCUUAAAGAAUUGCAUGUUAAAUAA